AUGGGAGUUACACAAACCUAUUUGGUCGCCUAUAAUGUUCUCCAAAUUUUGGGUUGGUCAGUGAUUUUGGCAAAAACAACACUUGGUUUGGUUUCCGGAUUAACAUGGCCACAAUUAUAUGAAUCAGUAGAAUUUGAGCUGAAAAUCUUCCAAACCGCUGCUAUUCUCGAAGUUAUUCACGCUGUUAUUGGAUUGGUUCGUUCACCAAUUGGAACAACAGCCAUGCAAGUCACAUCGAGAGUUGUUUUGGUUUGGCCAAUUCUUCAUAUGUGUGCAACUGUAAGUAUUUGGUUUUGGGGGAAAAGUCAAGAUAGAAAUGACAAAUUCCUCCAAAAGAUCACGUUUAAAAUAUUUUCAAUGACAAAAAAUUUCAGGCUCGAUACAGUAUUGGAGUUCCACUUCUUCUUGUUGCUUGGUCAAUCACCGAAGUUAUUCGAUACACUUUCUACGCAUUGAGUGUUCUCAAAAUUCCAGUUCCAUACUUCCUUCUCUACUUAAGGUAACUCUUUGAAAUGAGCAAACCCUCAAAAAAAAAAUUUUUCUCAAAAAAUUCCUUUUUGGUGAAAUUCAAAAAUGGGCUUAUCUUGGCCCGAUUCAGGAAUAUUCGAAAUUAGUUCCAAGUUAUCAAACCUGGGUCGAUUGAAAAUUUGCGGACUUUCUGUACUUUGCAAAUACCGACUCUCCUAAAUUUUUUUUGAAAUUAAAACUUUUUAAAUAUAUUUCAGAUACACACUUUUCUACGUUCUCUACCCAAUGGGAGUUUCUGGUGAACUUUUAACAUUAUUUGCCUCGCUCAAUGAAGUCGCUGAGAAGAAAAUCUUGACCCUCGAAAUGCCAAAUCGACUCAAUAUGGGAAUCUCAUUCUAUUAUGUUUUGAUCAUUGCCGCCCUUACAUAUAUUCCCGGUUUUCCACAAUUGUAUUUCUAUAUGAUUGGACAACGCAAAAAAGUUCUAGGAGGAGGUGACAAAAAGAAGAAUUAG